CGGGAUGACCUCGGGCUCCGGCAGCGCUGCCGCCACCGUCGCCGGUGCCGCCCCCCACAAUGGUGAGAACAAACCGCCCCAGGCCAUCGUGAAACCCCAGAUCCUCACGCACGUCAUCGAGGGCUUCGUCAUCCAGGAGGGCGCCGAGCCCUUCCCGGUGGGCCGCUCCUCGCUGCUGGUGGGGGCCCUGCACAAGCAGUAUGCGCAGGAGCUGCUUCCGGAAAAGCUCCCAGCACAGGACAACACCACCACCACUGACUCGGACAUGGAGGAGCCGUACCUGCAAGGUGUCCCUCCACGCCCCCCAGAAUCCAAAGAGGAGGGGAAUCCCCCCAAGUUGAAGUGUGAGCUCUGUGGCCGCGUUGACUUCGCCUACAAGUUCAAGCGCUCCAAGCGCUUCUGCUCCAUGGCCUGUGCCAAGAGGUACAAUGUGGGCUGCACGAAGAGGGUGGGGUUGUUCCACCCAGAUCGCAGCAAACUCCAGAAACCAGGAGGGCCCCCCCACGGGCGGCGCCGCAGCUGCAAAGGGACCCUGCCCUCCCUGAGCAAGGACAGCAAGAAACAGCCCCCGGGGUCUGUCCCAGCGGGGUCGGUGACGGCGUCGUUGCAGCUCAACCACAGCCAGGAGGAUUCCAGCCGCUGCUCUGACAACUCCAGCUACGAGGAGCCACUGUCACCCAUCUCUGCCAGCUCCUCCACAUCCCGGCGCCGACAAGGAGAGCGGGAUCUGGAGCUGCGGGACAUGGAGCUGCCGGAUGUGCAUGGCCGCGACCUGCCUGGCCUUGGCCACCGCUUCCUGCCCAGCGAGCCCAGCAAGUGGAAUGUGGAGGAUGUUUACGAGUUCAUCCGCUCGCUGCCGGGCUGCCAGGAGAUCGCAGAGGAGUUCCGGGCACAGGAGAUUGAUGGGCAGGCGCUGCUGCUGCUCAAGGAGGAUCAUCUCAUGAGCACCAUGAACAUCAAGCUGGGGCCUGCGCUUAAGAUCUAUGCCCGCAUCAACAUGCUUAAGGACUCCUGAGGGGGGUGCCACAGUACCCCACUCCCCCCGCGGGACCUCUGACCCUCCCGGGACCCCCGCAGGACCCCUGACCUCCCACGCGGCCCCGUGGAGGGGACAAGACGGGGAAGACACUUGUGAGCACACCCUGCCCCUCCUGCCCCCCCCCGGGGGUGUAAAUAGCCCAUAGCU